AUUCGAUCAGUUUGUUUCUUCAGCUUGAACAGUAAACAACAACCGGCUAAACAUCAUGGUCAAGUUUGAAAGAAGUUUUAAUAUUUUCGUUGUUCUGGUAUUUACGUUGGGGCUAUUAGAGGAAGUACCAGCCGAAGAGACAACUAAAGUACCAGGUGAUAAAGCUAGAGAAAUGUGCAAACAAUAUUCACAAUAUGCCUAUGAACCACUUGGUUCAACUAAAUUAAAAUGCCUUAUAAAACCAGAAUCUUACAUCACCAAUAAAACGGUAGCAUCGGAAGGAGAGUUUCCUCAUACGAUCCAAUUGGGGUACAUCAAUAACGACAAAACAACUUGGAUUUGCGGUGGAAUUCUCUUAAGUCCUACCUUCAUUGCAACAACAGGUCAUUGCAUACCUACUGGAUCUAGAAUCGGCUACGGUACAUUAAAAUUUGCGCGUGGAGGAUUAACCGACAUAGAUGAAACAAAGCACGAGCAAAUCAGAAAUAUUACACGAACAUUUUUACAUCCUUCUAUCAACAAGAAAUACAACGACAUCGCUCUCGUGGAAGUCGAUCGACCUUUCGAUUUGAAUCCUUACCUGCGACCUGCUUGCUUGUACACUCAACACAACAUUCCCGAGAAAACUACAUUAAGCACUUCAUGGGGGAGGAAAUGGUUGGGUUUGGAUGAUGGUUUCGAUGACAAGAAAUUGCUGAAGGUUACCUUGGAUAUUUUCUCCAAUGCUGAAUGCAAUAAAGUCUACCAGCCUUUGGUAAAACAUUCGGAUUUAGAUAAGGGAAUCGAUGAAGCAUCAAUGAUCUGCGCUGGGACGAGAACUGAUAGGAAUUCAUGUAUUGGUAUUUCCGGUUAUCCACUUAUGCUGGUUCAUCCAGAUACAGAAAGUGUUAAAUGCAUGUAUGAUGUUAUUGGUAUAACUUCGUUUGGUAUUCCCUGCACUUCAAAUGACACAAAUAAACCUUCUGUAUACAUGAGAAUUUCGAACUAUAUUGGAUGGAUUGAAAAACUAGUAUGGUCUAAUUAAAUAACAAAUAUGUAAUGAUGAUCUCCUGUGUUAAUAAUAUUGGAUUUUAUUUUACACAUUUGUCUGGAGGUUUAAAUAUGUGAUUAAAAAAUAAUAAAGAUAUUAAUU